GGGCCGGGGCCCGCUGAGGUGAGUCCGGGCCCGGGGCUGCUCCCACGGCGGGGCCUUCGUGCGCGGCCUCCCUCCGUCCCGGCUGCGGGCGGGCUCGCCGUUCGCUGCCCCUCUCCGUGAACCGGGAGUGUCCCGGCCUGCCCAGCUCCCGCUGGGGUGCGCGGCGCUUCGGGCUCAAGGCGCAUCUGAGGAGGUUCUCCGGUUCGGGAGGGCUCCGCGCUCCAGGCUGCCACAGAGCACCACCAAACCACAGAAGAACCUCGUGAACGGAAUUUUGCUAUCUUAGGACCACUGUUACACUUCCAGAGGCUGCCUUUUCCAUCUGGCACAGCUUUGUCACGAACAAGAAGCAGCCAUGGUGUGCAUUCCAUGCAUUGUCAUUCCCGUUCUCCUCUGGGUCUACAAGAAAUUCCUUGAGCCCUAUAUCUAUCCCGUUAUUGCACCUUUUGUGAAGCGCGUAUGGCCCAAGAAAGCCGUGCAAGAAACAACAGCCACAAAAGAAGGUCAAGGAGGCAGCACUGGAAAUCCAAGGGCACCUUCAGCCACGAAAAGAGAUCAGGAGGAUGACUCUGGAAUUUAUAAAUUUGAAAGCAACAGCGUUGCAAAUGGAAUCGCUGCAAAAAGAUCCACAGAAGUUUCUGACAAGAAAGCGGAUUAGAGGAAUUAAUUCAUAAUUUAUUCCCUCGUGUCCAAUAUGAACUGGUGAUAUUCCUCCCACUUUGAGACUUUUGGUUUUUUGCACAUCUUAGCUGAAUAAACUCCCCUUAUCACUCACAGGAGAAGGUCUCUUUCGCCACUCAAAUGGCAGCUAGCACGUUUCUUAAUUUAAAAUGUUUGAAAACUGAAGUUCUUUGUUUUGCUCACUGGAACUCCUUUUCCUCUAUAAUCGAUCUGGUGUGAUUAGAGUUUAGGUUCAGUAACUUGUGACUAAGCCAAGCUUUGGAAGGUAAAUUUAUCUUAACAUCUUAGUUUCAUUAGCUGCUAGUGCAGUACUUCAGGCUUUCACCUUGAAAACGAGAGCUGCUCUUAACCUUGCUAAAGAACUAUGAACUGCAUUGUGGCAGAAGCAUCAUUGUUAAGAAGAGUUUAGAUUUUUGUGUCAAAUCUGUGGAUGAGCUAAAGGAAUUAUGCUCCAUGCAGAAUUUACGUAGCUUGCUAAAAGCAGAAAGUCUUGAUUUGAUGCUUCCAUAAAUUAUUUUCCUUGAAACAUUGUGCCUUUCUUUCCUGAAGGGGAGCAGCAGAGGCACGAUGCAAGGAAAUCGUUGCUUUAUGUUCUGUUGCAGUGGUUUAAAAUGGUGCAGUUCUGUCUUUAGGAAAAAAAAAAAAAAGCAACAUCCAACUGAAAUCUCUUCAACAUGCUUGUGGAAGUUGAAUGAUAAUAAACCAGGAUUUUAUUUGAAAGUGAGUUACUUCAUACAAUUGUUCUUAGGCUUCUGAGCUAUAAAUAUCUAAAGUAGUAGCAAAAUCUUUGAAAACCUGUAGACAGGCUGCUGGCUGAAGGAGAUCAUAAAACUACUGACUUUGGGGUAAAGGAAGUGUGCUAGGGAGGUCCAGCUUUGCCUCCUCCUGGGAAGAUGUGUUCUGGAACAGGCCUGCAUCUGAACCCAGAACUGCAGUUGUGAAGGGGUUUAGAUGUCUCUGUGCUUAGUAAGGAAGAGAAGUGGUAGUUCCUGCUUUGUCCUCUCUGCCAAACCAGAGCAUUCAUUAAAAGAUUCCAGACAAAACCAUUUCAGCCGUUCUGGAUUUAUCAUUUUCCCAAAAGUACGCCUAAAAAGGCAUAUAUGUAAUCCUUGAACUGUUGCUGAGGUCAGGUCUUGUGGCCACAUUUUCUCCUAGCAGAUGAUUAUUCUGAAGAGACUCUUGAUGCCAGCUAAAUGCCUGUAUUGUGUCCUGCUUGUACCUGGUUCUGUCAGGUCUUGUGCGAACCGAUCCGCAGUGUUUGCAGCUGGGUAUCGGGCCCCUGUUGCUACAACCAUUACUUCUGUAAUGAGAUGAAUCGCAGAAUACUCCUAGUAAGAUGUUGCCUAAUAACUACUUGCUCUCCCUUAAUGAGCUAGUCUGUUAGGAAGUGAAUUUGCUAUUGCUGUUUAACGAGCUUUUGCAUCAUCCUUGGAACGUUAUUCCCCGUGUGAUCAGCGUAUCACAGCUACAGCUUUCUCCUAGACUGGUGAAGUACCUGCUCUUUGUGAUAUGGAAACCUGGUUUUAUUAUUGUCAGUAUGCACACAUGGUGUAAUUCAUGCAAUAAAAGAUAACAAUACUAAA